GCACCCCCAAAGCCCAGGCAAACAACGACAAGAGGAAGCGGCGGGCGGCGAGGGUGCGCGGCGGGGGCGGUGCAGUUCUGGCAGGUGAUCUGUAAGGCAGUGACUGAGUAUGGAUCAUUUGAACGAGGCAACUCAGGGGAAAGAACAUUCAGAAAUGUCUAACAAUGGGAGUGAUCCGAAGGGUCCACCCGCCAAGAUUGCCCGCCUGGAGCAGAACGGGAGCCCACUAGGAAGAGGAAGGCUUGGGAGCACAGGUGGAAAGAUGCAGGGAGUGCCUUUGAAACACUCGGGCCAUCUCAUGAAAACCAACCUUAGGAAAGGAACCAUGUUACCAGUUUUCUGCGUGGUGGAACAUUAUGAAAACGCCAUUGAGUAUGAUUGCAAGGAGGAGCACGCGGAAUUCGUAUUGGUGAGAAAGGAUAUGCUUUUCAACCAGCUGAUAGAGAUGGCCUUGCUGCUGUCUCUAGGCUACUCACACAGCUCUGCUGCCCAAGCCAAAGGGCUCAUCCAGGUUGGGAAGUGGAAUCCAGUUCCACUGUCGUAUGUGACAGAUGCCCCUGAUGCCACGGUGGCAGACAUGCUUCAAGAUGUGUAUCAUGUGGUCACCCUCAAAAUCCAGUUACACAGUUGCCCUAAACUAGAAGACUUGCCUCCUGAACAAUGGUCGCACACCACAGUAAGGAACGCUCUGAAGGACUUACUGAAAGAUAUGAACCAGAGUUCGUUGGCCAAGGAGUGCCCCCUUUCACAGAGCAUGAUCUCCUCCAUUGUGAACAGCACGUACUAUGCAAAUGUCUCAGCAGCAAAAUGUCAAGAAUUUGGAAGGUGGUACAAACAUUUCAAGAAGACAAAGGAUAUGAUGGUUGAGAUGGAUAGUCUGUCUGAACUAUCCCAACAAGGUGCCAACCACGUCAAUUUUGGCCAGCAGCCUGUCCCGGGAAACACGGCUGAGCAGCCUCCAUCCCCUGCGCAGCUCUCCCACGGCAGUCAGCCCUCUGUCCGGACCCCUCUUCCGAACCUGCACCCUGGGCUUGUGUCAACACCGAUCAGUCCUCAGCUGGUCAACCAACAGCUGGUGAUGGCUCAGUUGCUGCACCAGCCGUGUGCAGUGAACAGACUCUUAGCCCAGCAGUCCUUAAACCAACAGUACUUGAACCACCCUCCCCCUGUCAGUAGGUCUAUGAACAAGCCUUUGGAGCAGCAAGUUUCCACGAACACGGAGGUCUCUUCUGAAAUCUACCAGUGGGUGCGGGAUGAACUGAAACGAGCCGGAAUAUCACAGGCAGUAUUUGCACGCGUGGCUUUUAACCGAACUCAGGGAUUGCUUUCUGAAAUCCUCCGAAAGGAAGAGGACCCCAAGACUGCAUCCCAGUCUCUGCUGGUAAACCUUCGGGCUAUGCAGAAUUUCUUACAGUUGCCGGAAGCCGAAAGAGACCGGAUAUACCAGGACGAGAGGGAAAGGAGCUUGAACGCAGCCUCGGCCAUGGGUCCUGCCCCGCUGCUGAGCACACCACCCAGCCGCCCUCCCCAGGUGAAAACAGCUACCCUUGCCACUGAGAGAAAUGGGAAGCCAGAGAACAAUACUAUGAACAUUAAUGCCUCCAUUUAUGACGAGAUUCAGCAGGAAAUGAAGCGUGCUAAAGUGUCCCAAGCACUGUUUGCAAAGGUUGCCGCCACAAAAAGCCAGGGAUGGCUGUGUGAGCUGUUGCGCUGGAAAGAAGAUCCUUCUCCAGAAAACAGGACCCUGUGGGAGAACCUGUAAAUGAUCCGAAGAUUCCUCAGUCUGCCCCAGCCUGAGCGCGAUGCCAUCUAUGAGCAGGAGAGCAAUGCUGUGCAUCACCAUGGCGACAGACCUCCCCACAUCAUCCACGUUCCAGCAGAACAGAUUCAGAGCCUCUCUCCCAGCACCCUUGGGAAAGGAGAGUCUAGAGGUGUUUUCUUACCAAGCCUGCUGACCCCUGCACCAUGGCCCCAUGCUGCCCCUCAGCAGCAGCAACAGCAGCAGCAGCAACAGCAACAGCAGCAGCAGCCACCGCCGCCACCGCCACAGCCACAGUCACAGCCCCAGGCAGGCCCCAGGCUCCCCCCACGGCAGCCCACCGUGGCCUCCUCUGCGGAGUCCGAUGAGGAAAACCGGCAGAAGACCAGGCCACGAACCAAAAUUUCCGUGGAAGCCCUGGGGAUCCUUCAGAGUUUCAUCCAAGAUGUGGGCCUGUACCCAGAUGAAGAGGCCAUCCAGACUCUGUCUGCACAGCUGGACCUCCCGAAGUACACCAUCAUCAAGUUCUUUCAGAACCAGCGGUACUACCUUAAGCACCAUGGCAAGCUGAAGGACAACUCCGGCUUGGAGGUGGAUGUGGCCGAGUACAAAGAUGAGGAGUUGCUUAAGGAUUUGGAAGAGAGUGUCCAGGAUAAAAACGCCAACACCCUUUUCUCAGUGAAACUAGAGGAAGAGCUGUCGGUGGAAGGGAGCACAGACAUUAAUGCCGACUUGAAAGACUGAGAGAACAGUAUUAUUUUCAGCCGCACCACUGGUAUUUCCUAACAACAUGAGAAGUCCACCUUGUGUUCACUCAGACAAACCUUCAUUGUUUAUUGUUUGGCCAAUAAAUCUUCGGAAACUUGCACAAACAGGAAGGAAGUUGGAAGGACAGGACAGCAGGCACUCAAGGUUUUACUGUGUUUUACAAAACUGCUUGGCAGCCCCGGGUGAAGCAUCAAGGAUUGUUUGGUAGAAUUUGUGUUCAAAGGCUGCACCCAGGUGUUGUACCCUGUCAGCAUGAUACCAGAAAUUGGUUUUCCUUUUGAUUAUUAUUAUUCUGGAGCCUCAAAUAAGCAUUAUAACUUCUGUGAUUAUGAUUGCCUUUUCUUUAAUGAUUCUGUAACCUGCCACACUAGUCUUUGGAAACUGGCCCCUUAUUUUAAAGAGAAAAAGGAAAAAAAAAAAAAGAGAGAGAGAGAGAGUUUGUUACUCGAUUGUAUGUUAAAAAAAGAACUAUAGACUGUGGAAUGCAGUUUAAAGAUGACAUAUGCCAACAAAUGCCUUGUAUUGUAUGGCACUGCCGUAAUUAAAAUUUGUUUUUUAUUUUGGAAAUAAAAGUUCACUGUAAUUUUUUUCAUCCUCAUUAUUACAUGAUUUUUUUUUUUUUAAGGAAAAGAAAAUGUGAAACACAAUUUAGUCCUUGUUAUUUAUUUGUAGCUCCUGCAGCAUCAUGUCAUAAUUAAGUUUUUUGGAGAUUUCUGUUAAAUGUAAUGUUGCUUUCCCAUCCUGAUUUCCUUUCUAUUUAUAACUGUAUUUUGAUGGGCAGUAAAACAAAGUGUCUUAAAAGUUUUAAAUAGAGAAAAUGUGCUUUACACAGUUGCCUAUAAAAAGUCUAUGUUAUCCAAGCAAUUCACUCUAGAAGCUUCGGUCUCGUUGUUGUAUGCAAUUUUUACUAUCAUGCAAAUAAGCUUAGGUAAAUAAAACUAAUAGAUCACCUUAGAAAAUUAUGCAAUUAAUGUGAAAAUAAUUGAUGUUUGCAAUGUGUCUUCCUCUUUGGUUUACAAUCAAUUUUAAAGCGACAUCUGUAUAAAGUUUCUGUAUAAAGGUGUCUUUAUUUUUUAUGAGUUUAUGGCUAUGAAAACACCAGCUAUUUUGUUACAGCUGCUGUUUUUAUAAGUGUAUCACAGUUUUCUUUCUGCAGAAAUGUGCUGAUUAGGAGUGGUUAUUGACUGUAACUACACGAUUAAAAUUGUUUGUAUGGUAUGACAUGGCAGGGUUUGUCUGCUUAUGUGAAGUAACUUUAGCCAGGCUCAAGGACGGCUGUCAUGUAGGUGCAUGCUCACACUUUCUUGGUGAUAGCUUGUGGGUUCUGAAAAGCAACUGAACACUCCCUGAGAUACUCAGUUCAAGCUACACAUAUGCUCAGUUUUCAGUAGUUAGGGAAUUCCACAAUGCAGAUGAUAAUCUGCUUUUGCUUACUACACCAGACAGUCAAAGGCUCCAACAGAAAUAUUACUGUAGCAGUGAAGUACUUGAGAUGGCCAUAUCUGCUUUUUCUGCACAAUCCUCCAGUUAGGGCAAUAUUUUCUUCAAGCUAGGGUACAUUUUUAAAAAAGCCAUCAAUAGCAGCAUGAACAAGGGAACACAUGGGCCUUCUGUGUGAGAAUCCUUUGCAGGAAACAGUUUAGGGAAGGGACUUGUUUGGUGUUUUGUUUUACAAGUCAUAGUUAGGCAAGGUGAACAGCCCUGACUUGAUUGGACUGCCUUUGUCAAAACUGAGAACCACAUGAAGAUAGUAGGAGGCAGAGCCCUGGACUCCAAGUCUAAACUGCUGCAUCAUGGCCCAGGCUGGUGUGCUGUGGCUGGCUCCAGGGAAACUUUCCUAGGCUGUGUUUUUCUGUCUUUUGUAUCCGUUUGUUAGGGUUCCCGUGUUGAUGGGGAUAUUUAGGUUUGUGGAGCCAGGCUCUGUAGCUACCCUCUUCCAGAGGAGCAUUUCCUCAGGCCUGGGCAGCUCCAGCCUGGGGGCUGCAGGGCUUUCCUGGUGGUCUAAAUGGGCACCUUGAAAACUCCACUGAGGGAUUUACUUCGAAGCACAGCUGAGCACCUUGGAAGGCUGCUGUUCUGCUGCAAACUAAUUUCUGAUUCUUUUUCUUAAGUGAGAAAACAAUGCAAACUUUCUUGUUUGCUGGAGUUGAGCAAAGUAAUUACUUGAGCCAAAGGCAUUUGAACUGAGAUAAUGCAAGCUAAUUUUAAAUGUUAAAAACAAGAACAACAAAACCCCCAAAACAAGUAACAUGCUGCUAACUACAGAUUAUCAUCUGUGGCCUCCUUUUCCCAGAUUUAAGAAUGGAUGGAGCAUCGUGUAGAAUUGAUGCCUUUUUUAUUUAAAACACCCCAACACUUAAGAUAUCAAAUAGGUGUAAAAUUCGAUAGUUCUUUAGAAGGAGGAAGAUUUUUCCCGUUCCUAACAGUCUGAGUUAUUUUGAAUUGAUGUAUCCAAGAAAAUGAGUGUGUUGGAAAGCAACACCAUUGUGCCAGCAAAAUUAUCAGAUGUCUUAAAUUUCAGGUCAGCAUGGUUUUGUUACUUUAGAAUAAAGCACAUGUUCGCAAGCCACGAUGGUCACAAUGGAGUGGACAAAACUGUUGAAGACAGCGUAUUUCAGAAGAUUUCCCCUAGUGAUCCACAUUGUCCCCUGCCCCCAAUGUCAUUGUCACCCAUGUGUCUCUGGUUGCCUAUGGCUAUUGGUAAAAUUCCUUUAACAAGCUUCAUUGUGUCCCAGCAUUUCAGCUGGGCAUGACAUAGUGCUUUGUGCUGUUAGAACCUUAGCAGAGUCAGGUAAUUUCCGGGUAAUAGUCAACCGUGUGCAUCUGAGUCUGUCAUAGCAUCCUACACUCAGCACUUUGCCACUAAUUUGUAUUACACUCUGUGGCCAUAUAAUACCUGCACAUUAUGCAAAAAAUGUUGUUGACAGUAUCUUCUUGCCACACAAUAUGCAGAGUUGACACAUAACCUUUGAAAACAAAGGUGACUAGUAUGUGUGCCCUACUUGUGUGGCACUUAGUAACAAAGUCUGUACAUAUGUAUAAAAUGCGUAUUGACUGGCCUUUAGUACUAAGAAAUUCUGAGCUUAAGCGUCUGCCCCUAGUAGUAUCUAUAGUUAACAAUGCUUAUUGAAAAUACAUAGCUUAAAUAGAAAAAAUUUAAAUGGUUCAGAAGUGAUUGGAAAUGAGUGUCCUACACCUGCUAUUAUUAAAUUCUUCCCUGGUCCCAGUUGUUCACAUUUGGCUAACAAGGUCCUUGAUUGUCACAGUAUUUUCAAUAAAUGAGCUAUUAUGAACUGCCUGGUGAUAUUUUCAGCAAGAGCAACUAAAAUGUGUAUGGCCUGUACUAUAUAGCCAUGGAGAUGGGACUGUUUGUGCUAAAGCCAGCCAGAAAUGUGGAUGGCAGUGUGGGAACCCAGCAGCUCCAUAGCCAUCAAAAAACGGUCAUAGAAAGAAGUCUCUCAAGGGCCUAUUCUUGGAUUCAGUGUCCCUCUGAAGCAAUCCUUUAAAUGUAAAUAGUGAAUACUUGCAUGUCUUUGGACAAAAGCUGAGCUACAAUCUAUUAAAAUGCACAAUUUUUGAUAAAAUAUAAAGUGCCCUCUAACAAAAAUGUGGUGGAAGGUGUGUGUUAAGAAUACUAUACCUGUUUAACAAUACCAUAUGCUAAAUAAAAAUAGUUUGGAAUU